AUUUGCCCAUAAAGCACCAGUGUUGUUGUUUUGUUCUCGUUUCUAUGGUAACGUCCCUCUUCCACUGAGAAAUAAAGGAGAAGACAAAUGGAGAAGAGGAGUUAAAAAGAUCGAUUAAAUCUAUAUACUCAUUGUUUGCUUCUUCCCUUUGAUCUUCCUGCCUUGAUUUUCUCAUCUACCACAUUGGUUGAGGACUUUUAAUCGUCUCUCUAAGAAAUGGUUCUGGACGGAAUUGUAUCAUCUCCCCUUCGAAGGUCAGCAUCAACGAGGAGGCAAUCCUCGAGAGAUGAAUUCGGUAGCUGGUCAACACUUGUUGAGAGGCAUAGGUUCCUCUUAACAGCAUUGGGAUUGUUGGCAUUCCUCUGUACUAUCUACCUUUAUUUUGCUGUUACUUUAGGAGCCACGGAUACAUGUUCUGGGUUGAAAGGAACAGAGAAAGCAACAUGCAAUCUGCAGCAUGUAAGCUCCACUCUCUCCCAUGGGAAACUCAAAUUCCUGUGACAUUCUUCAUGCUAUGUAUGUUACAAGUUGCUUUUAUUAAUUAAACUUAUAAUCUGAGCAUCUUAAUAUA